CACGACGUCAACACAACCACUCAUGGCUCCAUCCGAAACAAGUCCGUUGUUGGCUAGCGAAGGUACACCUGCUGUCGCUACAGACACAAAUCAGCAGGACGUGCACCCUGAAAUACGAGGGACCUUUGCCCGGCAAUUGUCAGCAUUGGAUGGCUUCGCCCUCCUCAUCAGCAUUGUCAUUGGAUCAGGAAUCUUCUCAUCUCCAGGACCAAUCGACGCUAAUGUGCCAUCACCAGGCGCUGCUCUUCUCAUCUGGCUUGUCGGAGGCCUUCUUGCAUGGACGGGAGCUUUGACAAUGGCGGAGCUAGGCACGGCUUUCCCAGGUGAAGGAGGCAUCCAGCCAUAUCUUUCCCAUAUCUAUGGUGAAGUCUUCGGCUUUCUAGCCGCCUGGUCUUGGAUAGUAGCAGUCAUGCCGGCUACUCUGGCCAUCUUGAGUAUCGUAUUCGUCGAGUCCAUUUAUUCCUCAAUGGGCGUAAAUGACGCAGCGCCUCCGAUAACGCACAAAAUCUUUUCUCUCCUUAUCCUGGUUGUUGUGAGCACAGCAAACUCAAUCAGUACCAAAACGAGCACUCGACUAGGGGGUUUCUUCGUUGCAGUCAAGCUUCUCUCCAUCUUCCUCCUUAUCGUUGCGGGCCUCACGGUCGUCUUCGUGUAUCUUGGAAACAAUGGGAAAGACUUUGGGGGCGGGGAUUGGCAUUCUAGAGGGUGGUUUGCUCCGAGAGAUACCGUCCUUCCAAAUGGGAGCAAAUUUGAUUGGACUCAAGCGACAUCAUGGCAAAUGCUGGGAUUUUACUGCACGGCUUUGUACGGUGCAUUAUGGGCGUAUUCUGGCUGGGAUAAGGCGAACUACGUCGCGGCUGAACUGAAGAAUCCUUCGAAGCAGCUUCCGCUAUCCAUCAACACUGCAAUCCCUACCAUCAUCAUUUGCUACGUUGCCGCGAACGCCGCCUACUACGUUCUGCUGCCUUGGAAAGUGAUCUCAAUCACUGAUGCUGCUGCUGUAACAGCAGUGACCCAUUUCUUGGGGAAAGGAGCGGCCUAUAUCGCUGCUGUACUUAUUUGCCUUGUCGUAGCAGGAUCUGCUCUUGGCAAUUCAUUUGUCGUUGGACGCAUGACUGUAGCCGCGGCCAACAAGAAGUGGCUACCUCACUUCCUAGGAACCGUGGGCCAAAUUGGGCGAUGGAGAGUUUCAAAAGGAGCAGGUGGUGACGGCUCCGAUGAGGCGAUGGACAAAGGCGAAUCACCAAUGAAAGUACCUCCAACCUUCAAUGCACUGGUCCUAUCCACUAUACUCUCGGCGGUCUAUAUCCUCGUCGGAAACAUGCGAGUCCUCCUCACUUUCAAUGGACUUGGGGAGUAUAGUUUCUUCUUCCUUACCGUUCUCGGAGCCAUCAUUUUGCGAUGGAGAGAGCCCGACCUGCACCGUCCGGUAAAACCUUUCAUCCUCAUUCCCGCCAUCUUUGCUAUCAUCAGCGGUUUUGUUGUCAUUCGUGGUGCUAUCUUUGCACCCGUGCAAGCCUCAAUUCUCGUGGGAAUUUGGGCCGUCGGUUUAAUCUUCUUUUAUGCUAGGAAGCGCGCACUUCGAUCGUAA